UGUAAUUUUGUUUGGCUGAGGGCUAACUGAGAGACCCGCCUGUGUGGAAAUUCGUGAGGGACAGAUCUGUAAUUUUGGGAAAAAUACAGACCUGGUACUAACCGGAUUCCUACAGCUACCCUAACUGCCUAUAGCAGGCCCAGGCUACCCUAGGACAGACAGGCCCUAAGUGGCCUAUACUGCUAUACGGUCCUAUAGCCUUUAGCCGGAGAUUCCCACAUAAAGGCACCCCCUACUGACGAGAUUGACUUUGGCACCAUUCAAGAUGAGCCAAGAGGUAACCCAAGAUGUCACUGAUCCAAGGGACAGGGAUUGGCGUCCCAGCCGCAAAUGUAUCCUUAUGCCCUCUCAGAUUGAAGAGUUACCUGACUGGAUGGGCACGGAAGCCACCGUGAAAGCACUUUAUGCUCCAGGCUCCGAGAGGUUCCAAGUUGGUCGUAAACACGCAUCGCUGCAGGACAAGUUGAACUGGGGAAUAGAUACGAGUAGAAGCUGCGCCUCUUCUUCAGGAUCCUGGGGUCCCCGUCCAUCGACGUCAACUGGAUACGAGGGUCAUGGGCAAGACGAACCGGGUCCGAGUGGAGCUGGACCAUCUAGUGCGAGGAAAUUCUCAGUGGUCAAUGACCCAGUGUUGACAUGGCUAACCCAGGAAACAGUUGGUCCUGGAAAACUCGACCCGCGUUUCUCGGAGCCAAGGAAUUUAGAUGCGGCAGGUCUUCCGUAUUGGUGCAACUCCCGGAGAAUACGAUCCAAAAAGCAUGUUCCCGCCUCGUACCUGUACGGUCAAGAGAUUCUGCACCCAGGGAAGAGAGUGGACAUACCACAUGUCAGUCGAAAGGUGACUGAUCCCAUCGGGCAGAAAGGGUACAUAGGGGAUAUUGGACCUGCGCCCUUACUGUUCGUCAGACAGAUAAGGGCACAUCCCAAGCCCUUGAUCAACCACCAUUUCAUACCAAAUUCGGUAUGCCAGUUCGACUACGAUAAGGCUGUGAAACACAAGUUUCGGAUGCUAGGAGCCGGGGAUUCCAAGCCUAUUGUCGAUACAGCUCGAACCAUGGGUCGAGGGGUGCCCGGACCAGGGGAGGAAUGGGGUCAGAAGACCAUGUUCAGAAAGCUCAGCAAUGUGCGUGCCGCUUCCUGGAGCCCCGACGUGAUACGGUACCGCUACUCAGGAGGCAUCUGCCCAAAAGAAUACAAGUUUCAGGCAAACACCACGCAGCGCGACUAUGGGGCCUGGGACAAACAGAGCAAGAAAAGCUUUUCUGAUUCUAAGCAGGGAUACAACAAGAAUUGCCAAAGGGGGAAAGGAGACAAUAGACUAUUUUCAGGAUUUCUGUAUGAGGUUCGGGACGCAUGUGCUUACGUGCCCAAGAAGUAAACCUGGUGCGAUCCUGCUGUUCCUAGGACCGUCGCCAGGUUCACAAGAGGGUAGGGUGACGCCCAAGAAACGGUGGGUGUUGCAGAACACAAGAUUACUGAACCUGGUCCUUUGUUGGCUCAGUCAUUCAUUCAUCGGUUUACACCCAGCCAUCCUCCAAGACUGCUGAACCUGGUCCAUUUCCAUUCCUGGUACAGACGGACGUAUGGUGCAGAACAUCAUACUUCAGACUUGGUCAACCUGGUCCAUUUCUGUGAACCUGAUGGUCCUUUGCUCUGGUUCAAGACAGACUGAACCUUGCUCAGUUCUGGUUUCUUCAAUGGAUCAUUUCCGUUCAGCACAACACCAGGAGAGAGAGAGAGAGAGAGAGAGAGAGAGACAGAGAGAGACACAGAGAGAGACACAGAGAGAGAGAGAGAGAGAGAGAGAGAGAGAGAGAAUGCAUAUUUUAUUAUUUUCACAUGUGAUAAUGCAUAUUUUUUUUAUUAUUUUCACAUCUGAUAAUGCAUAUUUUCACAUCUGAUAAACCAGCUUCAUGCCU